AGAAGACGCUGGUUUCAGGAAGUGCAGAGGUAGUUGUGAAGCUGCAGGAGAAGAAACUGAAGAAACAAAGUCAUGGCUGAACCCAGGAUAUCUUCCAUUGAUGGGAAGUUAGCUGAAGAGUUUGCCGUUCCUGCCCAUGUUGAAGAGGUCAAAGCAAAGAUGUCUGCCUUUGCGACCAAGCAUGCGGCAGCAGGUCGCCGGGUGGUUCUCAUCACGUCCGGGGGCACCAAAGUUCCCCUCGAGUCGCGCACUGUCCGCUUCCUCGAUAACUUCAGCAGCGGCAGACGAGGAUCCUGCUCGGCAGAGUACUUCAUAGACUCCGGCUACGCUGUCGUCUUCCUGCACAGGCACCGCUCCCUCUACCCUUACACUCGAAUGUUCUCGACCAUAAAUGUGAUGGAUGCCCUGCAGCUCACAUCUGGCUCCUCCGGUGAAGUGCUAGUUAACCCACAGGUGCUUCCUAACAUAGCCAAAGUGCUGAAGAAAUACCAGGAAGUGAAAGAUGGCGGACUUCUCCUGCCCAUCGAGUUCAGCACUCUGUCAGAGUAUCUGCACCUUCUCAAAGCAGCAGCACAGGCACUCAGCACUAUAGGACCGAAGGCCAUGUUUUAUUUGGCGGCAGCUGUGUCUGAUUUCUAUAUCCCAGCAUCUGAGAUGCCUGAACACAAAAUCCAGUCUUCCAAUGGUCCUCUUCAACUUAGCUUGAACAUGGUCCCUAAGAUACUGUCGCCACUGGUGAAGGACUGGGCACCUCAGGCAUUCGUCAUAUCUUUUAAACUGGAGACCGACGCAGCCAUCCUGUUGGACAAGGCUCGUAGAGCUCUGAACAACUACAGGCACCAGGCGGUGGUGGCCAACGUACUGGACUCUAGACGGGGUUACGUGGUGGUGGUGACCCCUAAAACUCAGGAUGAGCUGAUCCUCACAGAGGAGGACGUGAAGAAUGAGGUGGAGAUAGAAGAGAUGAUAGUGAGCAACCUGACAUCAGCACAUAACAGGUUCAUAAAUCAACAAGUGAGUUGACAAGUCAUCACCUGCACAUCUGAGUCAGUGAUGAGCUUUAAGAUGUCUGUUCUCUUCCCGGAUCCUGAGCUUAAAUUCAACCUUCAGUUAUUGUUGUACAUGUUUGUCAUGUGGUUGCAUAACCUCAGUGAUAAGUAUAUCUGCAAACACGACUGCCCUUUUGCAAUAUGAGCCUCAUGGUUAUAGACCUGUCUCUGUACUAUAUCAAUAAACAACAUGUUGACAGUUUAUAAAAUGUUUAUUGAAAUUGCUCAUUUUGAUAUACUUUCAACAACGGUGACUGACAGAAUGAUUCAGAGAUAUUCUGUACAAUCCAUUGACAUUUUUUCAAUCCCAUGGCUACGCUUUGCAGCAUAUGUUCGAUUCCCUCUUGGUUACUUAAGUUUGGUGCCCUUCUUGACACCAGCACGAAUACCAGACAUCUCUCCACUGUACCUCGUCUCCUCCCGACGAACCUCACGGACCUGGCAAAUAUAAACAACAGAUUCAGUGUUGUUCUUGAGAGUACCUUAUGACAGAUCACAUAUUCGUGAUUUAUACUGAUGAGCCGGGAGACCGGAGGCUUUAUCAUGUACUUGAUUAACAGUGUAAUAAAAAAGUUAAAUCCA